GGGUCUCCACCGCUUUCAGAGGCGAUUUUAUCCCUCCGAACCUUGUUGGCUUGGAGCAUUUAUUUUCUGAGAGGAGAGAAAGGGGGAGGGCAGCGGCAAAGAAAGGGGAGAAAAAGUUUUUGCUGAAGGUCCCGGUCUUGCACGUUGCUCCGUCGGCCGAAGACGGAUUUGUCAGUGUGAUCAAAGCAGUUCUGCUGAAGUCUUGCGCUCUUGAGAGUUGUGGUGUGACGUGGAGAGCACGCGCAUGAUGAAGAGGAGCUCUCACCUCUCCUAAUCCUUUGUGCCGGUGAUUUGGGAGCAGCGAACGCCACGUCUGCUCAUUCGACAUGUCUGGAUCUACCCAGCCCGUGACGCAGAGCUGGCGUGCGGCUGAGCCGCGCUAUCCCCCUCACGCCAUGUCCUAUCCGGUUCAGAUCGCUCGACCGCACGCGGAUGUCGCGCUCUUAGAGUACCAGCAUCAUUCCAGGGAUUACGCGUCCCACCUCCCGCCGGGGUCCAUCAUGCAGCCGCAGCGGAGGAGGCCGUCCCUGCUGUCCGAGUUCCAGCCGGGCAAUGAGAGGUCUCAGGAGCUGCACCUGAGGACGGAGGCGCACUCUUACCUCUCUGACCUGGCCAAGCCGUCGGACUUAGAGUUCAUUGAAACGAAGAGACCACGCCUGGAUCUGCUACAGGACCCGCUGAUGCGGCACUCGCCUCUCCUGAGUCAAAGCCAGCAGGGCGGGACGGAGGACCUCUCAAAGGACCGCGGCCUGCCUGGCAAACUGGAGCCCGUGUCUCCAGUCAGCCCUGCUCACCCCGACUCCGAGCUGGACCUGCUGCCAGCCCGGCUCUCGAAGGAGGAACUCAUUCAGAACAUGGAUCGCGUGGACCGCGAGAUCACCAUGGUGGAACAGCAGAUCUCCAAGCUGAAGAAGAAGCAGCAACAGUUGGAGGAAGAAGCAGCCAAACCACCAGAGCCUGAAAAACCCAUCUCCCCCCCUCCUAUCGAGUCCAAGCAUCGCAGCUUGGUGCAGAUCAUCUACGACGAGAACCGGCCAUUAUACAACCAGCCUUCAGACACCAGGCAGUACCAUGAAAACAUUAAAAUAAACCAGGCAAUGCGGAAAAAGUUAAUUUUGUACUUUAAAAGGAGAAAUCAUGCUCGCAAACAGUGGGAACAGAAGUUUUGCCAGCGCUAUGACCAGCUGAUGGAAGCCUGGGAAAAGAAAGUGGAGCGUAUUGAAAAUAACCCCCGGCGCCGUGCCAAAGAGAGCAAAGUGCGGGAAUACUAUGAGAAGCAAUUCCCAGAGAUUCGGAAGCAGCGGGAACUGCAAGAGCGCAUGCAGAGCAGGGUAGGACAGAGAGGCAGCGGUCUCUCCAUGUCGGCUGCGCGCAGCGAACACGAGGUGUCAGAAAUUAUCGACGGGCUCUCAGAACAAGAGAACCUGGAGAAGCAGAUGCGCCAGCUCGCUGUGAUCCCUCCCAUGCUCUAUGAUGCUGACCAGCAGCGCAUUAAAUUCAUCAACAUGAACGGCCUUAUGGAUGACCCUAUGAAGGUCUACAAGGACCGACAGGUGAUGAACAUGUGGAGUGAACAGGAGAAGGAGACCUUUCGGGAAAAGUUCAUGCAGCAUCCGAAGAACUUUGGCCUGAUCGCUUCCUUUCUGGACAGGAAGACGGUGGCGGACUGUGUCUUGUAUUACUACCUGACCAAGAAAAAUGAGAAUUACAAGAACCUCGUAAGAAGAAACUACCGGCGGCGUGGGAAGAGCCAGGUAAGAGAUGGAGAAAGAGUGCGUGGAAAUGUUGUCCCUCCUGCCGACCAAGGAGUAGCAGUGAUUUACACUUGCAGCUUCUGAGCAGCAGUUUAUAGCUGAGCAUCCCA